AUUGAGAAACAAAAUAUGAAAUAUUGUCACAUUUUUUUUUAAAUAGGCCUGGUUUAUGAUAGAAAUCAAACAUCAAAGCAAGCAGUUAAUUCUGUUAUAAGUUAAGAGUUUCAGAUUUCCGAGUUUUCCUGAAAGCAUCGUGCGCACCAACCUGCAGCUGGACCACAGCUAAUCGGGAUAGCUUGACCGGACACAUCGACUUUGAGCUAUAUUGAAUAAAUCAACAUGUCUGCGGUUUACAAAGAUGAUCAGGAGGACUGGCUCACUGUGUGUCUCAAGUACUUGCUUUUUGUCUUCAACUUUCUUUUCUGGUUGGGGGGAGCUGCAGUUCUGGGUGUGGGAGUUUGGACUCUGAUCGAGAAGAGUGACUACUUGAGUCUGCUGGCAUCCAGUACGUUUGCAGUGUCAGCUUAUAUCCUGAUCCUGGCAGGCAGUUUGGUGGUGCUCACUGGGUUCUUGGGCUGUUGUGCUGUGAUCCGCGAACAGAAGAGCUGCCUCUCUACAUAUUUCUUCCUACUUCUGCUGAUAUUCCUAAUUGAACUUGUGGCUGGCGUAUUGGCUUAUGUCUACUACCAAAGGUUAAGUGAAGAGUUAAAACAGCAUCUUAGUCAUACUAUGACUGAAAACUAUGCUCAACCAGAAAAGGAUGCCAUCACAUUAGCUGUGGAUAGAUUGCAACAGGAUUUCAAAUGUUGUGGAAGUAACAACUCUCGUGACUGGACCGUAAGUGCCUACAUACUGUCGAAAGAGUCAGAAGGCAGAGUGGUGCCUGAUAGCUGCUGUAAGACUAUGACUCCUUUCUGUGGAAAAAGAGAUCACCCGUCCAACAUCUACAAAGUGGAGGGAGGGUGUAUAACAAAGCUGGAGAAGUUUCUUGCAGAUCAUUUGUUGGUCAUUGGAGCUGUGGGGAUUGGAGUGGCUUGUCUGCAGAUUUGUGGGAUGGUGCUGACCUGCUGCCUGUACAAAAGGAUCAAGAUGGACCCUUACUGACAUUAAGGACAGUUCAUUCAAAGAAAGCACUAACACACUGAUAACUGAACUUUAAGAUUUUAAAUAUUUACCAUGGACAUUUUGCACAUAUUUUAUGUCCCAAGGGGUUGUAUGCUGCCUAUGUUUUGCAUGGUUUAAAGCAGAAAGAUGAAUGGCCUUAAAAUGUUGGU